CGAGAGGCGGAGGCGCUGCCGGGCGACCAAUAGAAGCUGAGUGAGCACGUGAACAAGGCAUGGUCCGGCAGUAGCAAUCGAUGCCUUCGCCGGGAAGCGAUUGCGUUGUGGUUAGUUGUGUUUCAGUGGUAGGCGGGAACGCGUGUGAUACUUUGAAAGAACCCAGUGCAUGUAGUGUUCAAUUACGAUAACGUAGUUUACGUUCAAUGACUCAGAGAGAUACAGUAAUUCACCUCGUCGCCGGCGGGGUGGCGGGGACAGUGGGCGCCAUCGUAACAUGUCCACUCGAGGUAGUGAAGACACGAAUGCAGUCUUCUUCCUUCGGUAGCCAUCUGCAUCAGGAUGUAUGCUUGCCGAAGAUUGCAGCUUCUAAUGGUCAUGUUACGUGCCGCACAAUCCAGAGGCGAAAUUUCAACACCCCCUUCGUUAGAUUUUCGACGACACAGGUGCUUGCAAUUGCACCAUGUGGACCGGUGCCUGGAGCACAGGCCAUGGGACUAAUUCAGUGUCUGAGGCACAUCGUGGAGAACGAGGGCCCCCGGGCGCUGUUCAAGGGCCUGGGCCCCAACCUGGUGGGCGUGAUGCCGUCGCGGGCCAUCUACUUCUGCUCCUACCAGCACGCCAAGAGCUUCUUCAACCAGGUGCUGGCGCCCGACAGCGCCAUCGUCCACGUGUGCUCCGCCUUCUGCGCAGGUUUCGUCGCGUCCACGGCCACCAACCCCAUCUGGUUCGUCAAGACGCGCCUCCAGCUUGACUACGCGCGCGACGGGCACCGCAUGACGGCGGCGCAGUGCAUCCGCAGGAUCUACAAGACCAAGGGGGUGCUGGGCUUCUACAAGGGCAUCUCGGCCUCGUACGUGGGCAUCUCGGAGACGGUGGUGCACUUCGUCAUCUACGAGGCGCUGAAGGCCCGUCUGGUGGCCCAUAGGCACAGCACGGGGUCUGGCGCGCCCUCCGACAGCAGGACGUCCAGGGACUUCCUGGAGUUCAUGGCCGCCGGCGCCGUCUCAAAGACGGUCGCUUCCUGCGUCGCCUACCCCCAUGAGGUGGCGCGCACGAGGUUGCGAGAGGAAGGUGACAAAUACAAGCGGUUCUGGCAGACAUUAGCAACGGUCUGGCGUGAAGAAGGUGCUCGUGGUCUAUACCGUGGGCUUACAACUCAACUGAUUCGACAGAUUCCGAAUACGGCGAUAAUGAUGGCAACUUAUGAGGCAGUGGUAUACCUGCUCACUCAGUGGACAGCACCCUCUGUGCACACAGCUUUCUAUGAACCUGCUGUAGAAGAUCUGAGCCUAUCUGAUGAUGACGAGGUGUCAGGCGUUGGAGAAAGGGCAGUAGUAGUCUCAUCAAGAGCCUAGCUGCAUGGUGCCAAACAGUAAUGCUGGGAGGAAAAUAUUACUUGCAGUAAUACUGCUUUACUGACACUCUUCACUGAUUUUUCUGAUGGCUUUUUGGGCAAAGACUGAUGGUUAAGUCUUGUAUGUUCUCUGCAAACUUGUGAUUGGAUCUGCAGGCAGCCAUGUAGAAAAACAGUUUUUUUAUUAUUUUCUGACUGAAAGAAUGGAGAUUAAGUGGCUGUGAUAAUGUCUGAGAAAAAGAUACAUUGCACUAAAGUGGCAGUAAAGGGAUAUAUGUAAUGUGUACAUAGUGUACAUGAAUAUAUUUAAAUCCUGUUACCAUGUUACAUAGUGUAAAGAAUUCUGGUUAUUUAUUUGUUACUGAGGAACAAUGUGGAUAUCGUGUAGUAUUUUUGUAUUUCUGGUAUAAUUGGGGUCUUGACAGUUUGGGUAUGUUGACAAAAAAGUGUAUUCAGACACUUCCAUAUGACAAGCAGACUACUAGUUAUUAGUGCAUUUAGGUAGGCAGCAUUCCUACAUAUGUAACAUAACUGAAUUGUCAUUAGCAAGACUGACCUAACAAACUGAUGCUUGGCAUGCGUUUUGAAGUCAGUAGAUAUUUCAUGUUGUACAAUUCAUUGUAAUAGUUUAUUGAAUUUUUAUUAAUAAAAAGCUUUAAAAGUGA